AUGACCUCGACAGCUCUACAGCCGAAAGUGAUCAGCAAAGGAACGCCGCGAGUGGUCGUGCAUCGGGCGCGGAAUACGAAUCAAAUUCCUGACAGCAUCCUCAAAGAUGAAAAACUCAAAAAAGCUAUCGAUGUUCUCCCCGCAAACUACAAUUUCGAAAUCUACAAGACAGUACACCGAAUACGUCAACUGAGCGCCGAACUAUCGCGCCCAGUGCAAGUGGCUCUUCAGCUACCCGAAGGACUGCUCAUCUUCGCUCUGCCAAUCUCGGAUAUACUCGAGGAGUUCUGCGAGUGUUCCACAGUUGUUUUCGGUGAUGUCACGUACGGAGCUUGUUGCAUAGAUGAUCUGGGCGCGAAAGCCCUAUCUCUGGAUCUUCUGAUCCACUACGGUCAUUCCUGUCUAAUACCGAUGGAUCGAACCGAUACUCUCAAGGUUCUGUACAUAUUCGUGGAUAUUCGGAUCGAUAUGCACCAUCUCAAGGAAACCAUCAAAGCGAACUUCGAACCGGCGACGCGGAUUGGUGUCUUAUCCACAAUCCAGUUCGUUGCGACGACUCAAGCUCUCUGUGAACAAUUGAGUGCCGAAGGCUACAAUCUGCUCACACCCCAGACGAAACCUCUCUCGCCAGGCGAGACCCUGGGCUGUACAUCGCCUCGAUUCGAUGCAGACGCAAUUCUCUACGUCGGCGACGGACGAUUCCAUCUGGAAGCGGCAAUGAUCGCGAACCAUCGGCUCAAAGCCUAUAAAUACGAUCCGUACGACAAGACUUUGACUGAGGAAAACUAUGCCUACGAGAAAAUGCUCAAACUCCGUAGGGAGGUCGUGGAGCGGGCUGUGAACGCCAAGACCUUCGGUGUGAUCCUUGGCACACUUGGACGACAAGGGUCGAACAAAGUUUUCGAUCAUCUGGAGGAAAGUCUCGUGGCUGCCGGGAAGACCGUGGUACGAGUUUUACUCAGCGAGAUAUUCCCGAAAAAACUGGCGCUUUUUGAAAAUGUGGAUGCUUGGGUCCAAAUCGCUUGCCCCCGUCUCUCUAUAGAUUGGGGUUUAGCCUUCGGAGCGCCUCUACUGACGCCUUACGAGCUCAGCGUGGUGCUGAAGCAAUCCGAGUGGUUAAAGGACUAUCCAAUGGAUUUCUAUUCGAGAGACAGUCUGGGCCCGUGGACACCGAACCACAAACCCAAGAAAUCAUGUGAUGAGUGCGAUUGUAAAAAAUAA